CGCAGCAGCCGUCUCCUCACCGGACACCAAGCAUCUCUCGAUUCUCUCUACUCUCCACUUGGUUCGGAUUCUUGUUACAUCGGUAGAUUGGGUGAUGGCGAAGCCGAGUGUGGCGGUGACGGAGGUGGGAGCGGCGGCGGCGGCGCAGGCGGCGUGCCCAUGCCCGGGGACGCUGUUCCCGUACCCGCCGCCGCGCGCCGGGAUCGCUGUCGUGCGCCGCAAGUGCCUGCAGGUGGACCUCGGCGCGACGACGGGGCUGCUCAGCGGCGCCUGGGGCGUCGAGUCCAUGCGGGCUUCGUCGCCCACGCACGCCAAGGCCGCGACCGCCCUCGCCGCCGGCGUCGACGACGAGCGCGCCGCCUGGAUGGUGCGGCACCCGUCGGCGCUGGGCAAGUUCGAGCAGAUCGUGGCGGCGUCCGAGGGCAAGCGGAUCGUCAUGUUCCUGGACUACGACGGCACCCUCUCGCCAAUCGUAGACGACCCCGACGCUGCCUUCAUGAGCGAGACGAUGCGGAUGGCCGUGCGCAGCGUUGCCAAGCACUUUCCGACGGCGAUCGUGAGCGGCCGGUGCUGCGACAAGGUGUUUGAGUUCGUGAAGCUGGGGGAGCUAUACUACGCCGGCAGCCACGGCAUGGACAUCAAGGGUCCGGCCAAAGCCUCUUCCCGGCACGCAAAGCCCAAGGCUAAAGGAGUUCUCUUCCAACCAGCAAGCGACUUCCUGCCCAUGAUAGAACAGGUCCAAGAGCGUUUGGCGGAGCAGACGCGGUGCAUACCUGGUGCAAAGGUGGAGAACAACAAGUUCUGCGUGUCCGUCCACUUCAGAUGCGUAGACGAAAAGGCAAUUAGGAUGACCAUUUGUGGUGAUGCAUGGACGCAGAUGUGGGGCGAGCUCGCCGAGAGGGUGGAAGGGGUGCUUCGGGAGUACCCGGAGCUGCAGCUGACGCAGGGGAGGAUGGUGUUCGAGGUGCGGCCGACUAUCAAGUGGGACAAGGGCAAGGCCCUCGAGUUCCUCCUCGAGUCACUCGGUUUUGCUGAGUGCAACAAUGUGCUCCCCGUGUACAUCGGCGACGACCGUACCGACGAGGAUGCUUUCAAGGUAUUGCGGCGGAGGGGUCAGGGCGCGGGGAUCCUGGUGUCCAAGCACCCCAAGGAGACGAGCGCCUCCUACUCGCUCCAAGAGCCCGCCGAGGUGAUGGAGUUCUUGCUGCGGCUGGUGGAGUGGAAGCGCCUCUCCAGGGCAAGACUGAGGCUACAAUGAGAUGACGCAUAUGCUCUACUGUCGCCAUGCGUCGGAGGGUUGGUUUUUCACCGUGCCCAAUGCGGCAGAUGAAGGCAUGAAGCUAUUGCCAAUGCCAAAUCUUGCUAGGUGAAUGCCAAGGGGCGAGGAGACGGAGGAUCUGGCAUUGUUGUAUCAUAGCUAGAGUUCUGUUUUCCUCUCCCUUCUUUUUUUCCCGGAGGCCCCUGCUAGAGGGGUGUAUGCCCAGCAUGUAAAUUAUCGACUUAAUGCUAUAUACAAGAGGAAAAGGAUUUAACGAAUGAAGAGCAAUAAUGCGAGUAAAUGGCAAAAGUUAUAUAUUUUCUAAAUCAAA